AUGCUCCGAUCACCGCCGACUUUCAUCUGCCGCCAAUUACCCAUCGCUUACGGGGCUGCGUUCGAUUCAUACGCGGAUCAACAUGAAGAUGAAUGUCUUCCAGGCACGAGGAUCGAUAUCCUCCGUCAAAUCAGAGAGUGGGCAUUCUCGCCACAAGGAAGAUGCAUCUUUUGGUUAAAUGGAAUGGCUGGGACGGGGAAAUCCACUAUCUCUCGAACAGUGGCAAAAUCCUUCAGCCAAACUGAGUCACUAGGGGCGAGCUUCUUUUUUCAGAGGGGUGAAGCGGAUCGAGGCAACGCUACCAAGCUUUUUCCGACAAUCGCAAGGCAAUUAGCGACUAGCAUCCCCCAACUGCUCCCUUAUGUCCAGCAAGCAGUCCAUAACGACCCAGGCAUUGCGGCGAAGGCAAUGAAGGAGCAGUUUGAUAAACUACUUCUUCGGCCACUCCUAAGCGUAAAGUCAUCUGAUCUCCCGGUCCGUACCUUGCUGAUAGUGAUUGACGCAUUAGACGAAUGCGAGGGAGAUAAGGAUAUGCGCCUGAUACUUCAAGUUCUACCGCAGCUCCGGAAGUCAAAUGCUGUGCGUCUACGAGUCCUUUUGACUAGCAGGCCCGAGUUGCCUAUUCGCCUGGGUUUCUCGGAGAUUGCGGUCCAUGAUCAUGAUGAUUUCAUUCUCCAUGAGAUCCCCGAAGAAGUGAUUAUGCACGACAUAUCACUAUUUUUGAAUCACCGGCUUUCAAAGAUCAGGACAGAACGUCUUCUUCCUAUGGACUGGCCUGGAAACACAGAUCUUCAACGUCUCGUGACAUUGUCCGUUCCGCUAUUUAUUUUCGCAGCUACUAUAUGCCGCAUAUUUGACGACCCUCUUUGGGACCCAGUGGAAAUUCUCCCUGACAUCCUUACACAUCAAAAUGAUGAAUCAAAACUGGAUGGAACGUACCUUCCCGUGCUUAAUCGACUCCUCUAUGGACAAAAUGAGAAACAGAAGAAGCAAUUGGUUCAGGAAUUUCAGCAAGUGGUCGGUGCAAUCGUGACACUUGAGAGCCCGCUCUCAAUUAUCUCACUUUCCAAACUUCUGGGCCUCUCCAACAGGAUUGUUCAUCUUCGACUAAGCCCCCUACACUCGGUUCUACAUGUGCCAAAUGAUGAGACUCUGCCGGUGCGGCUCUUUCACCUGUCAUUUCGGGAUUUUCUCCUUGAUCCGGAAACCCGCGCAAAAACUCCCUUUUGGGUAGAUGAGAAAGAGAUACACUACAAGUUGACUAAACAGUGCUUUCUUGUGUGCCAAAGUCUACGAAAGAAUAUAUGUGGACUGCCAAGUUGUGGAACUCAACGUGCAGAGAUCGACCGCCAGACUAUCGGUAACUGUCUUCCUCCAGAAUUGCAAUACGCCUGUCGAUAUUGGGCACAUCAUCUGGUGCAAUGCACAGAUCAGAAUGUUAUAAUGCACAACGCUCAUACAUUUCUUCAAAAGAAUUUCCUGCACUGGGUAGAAGCAAUGAGCCUACUAGGUCUUGUAUCGGAAGUGGUGGCGAUUCUUAAUCUCCUCCAGGCGGAUAUAUCAAGCGACCAUCAUUCCGCAAUGUCUAAUUUUGUGCACGAUGCAAAGCGCUUUAUUCUUAAAAAUCGGCAGAUCGCUGAUUAUGCGCCUCUCCAGCUUUAUUGCUCAGGGCUGGUAUUUGCACCCAGAACGGCAAUAAUUCGUAGAGAGUUCAAAACAGAGCUUCCUCCUUGGAUAUGCCAGUUACCACAAGUUGACGAAAGAUGGAGCGCAGAAUUGCAAACUCUCGAGGGUCAUUCACAUUCGGUUCAGUCGGUGGCCUUCUCGCCCGACGGCCGGAUGCUGGCGUCUGGCUCUGACGAUGAGACAGUGCGGCUCUGGGACGCCGCGACGGGUGCCCUGCACCAGACUCUCGAGGGCCAUUCACGUCCGGUUAACUCGGUGGCCUUCUCGCCCGACGGUCGGAUGCUGGCGUCCGGCUCCAAUGAUCGCACAGUGCGGCUCUGGGACGCCGCGACGGGUGCCCUGCACCAGACACUCGAGGGCCAUUCACGUCCGGUUAACUCGGUGGCCUUCUCGCCCGACGGUCGGAUGCUGGCGUCCGGCUCUUACGAUCGCACAGUGCGGCUCUGGGACGCCGCGACGGGUGCCCUGCACCAGACUCUCGAGGGCCAUUCACGUCCGGUUAACUCGGUGGCCUUCUCGCCCGACGGUCGGAUGCUGGCGUCUGGCUCCAAUGAUCACACAGUGCGGCUCUGGGACGCUGCGACGGGUGCCCUGCACCAGACUCUCGAGGGCCAUUCACGUCCGGUUAACUCGGUGGCCUUCUCGCCCAACGGUCGGAUGCUGGCGUCCGGCUCCAAUGAUGACACAGUGCGGCUCUGGGACGCCGCAACGGGUGCCCUGUACCCGGGUGCCCUGUACCAGACUCUCGAGGGCCAUUUAGAUAUCAUUAACUCAGUGGCCUUCUCGCCCGACGGUCGGAUGCUGGCGUCCGGCUCCAAUGAUCGCACAGUGCGGCUAUGGGACGCCGCGACGGGUGCCCUGUACCAGACUCUCGAGGGCCAUUUAGAUAUAGUUAAAUCGGUGGCCUUCUCGCCCGACGGUCGGAUGCUGGCGUCCGGCUCUUACGAUCGCACAGUGCGGCUCUGGGACGCUGCGACGGGUGCCCUGCACCAGACUCUCGAGGGCCAUUCACGUCCGGUUAACUCGGUGGCCUUCUCGCCCGACGGUCGGAUGCUGGCGUCCGGCUCCAAUGAUCGCACAGUGCGGCUCUGGGACGCCGCAACGGGUGCCCUGCAUCAGACUCUCGAGGGCCAUUUAGAUAUAGUUAAGUCGGUGGCCUUCUCGCCCGACGGUCGGAUGCUGGCGUCCGGCUCUUACGAUCGCACAGUGCGGCUCUGGGAUGCUGCGACGGGUGCCCUGCACCAGACUCUCGAGGGCCAUUCACGUCCGGUUAACUCGGUGGCCUUCUCGCCGGACGGUCAGAUGCUGGCGUCCGGCUCCAAUGAUCACACAGUGCGGCUCUGGGACGCUGCGACGGGUGCCCUGCACCAGACUCUCGAGGGCCAUUCACGUCCGGUUAACUCGGUGGCCUUCUCGCCCAACGGUCGGAUGCUAGCGUCCGGCUCCAAUGAUGACACAGUGCGGCUCUGGGACGCCGCGACGGGUGCCCUGCACCAGACUCUCGAGGGCCAUUCACCUUUCGUUAACUCGGUGGCCUUCUCGCCCGACGGUCGGAUGCUGGCGUCCGGCUCCUAUGAUCGCACAGUGCGGCUCUGGGACGCCGCGACGGGUGCCCUACACAAGAUUCUCGAGGGCCAUUCACUUUUCGUUAACUCGGUGGCCUUCUCGCCCGACGGUCGGAUGCUGGCGUCCGGCUCCUAUGAUCGCACAGUGCGGCUCUGGGACACCGCGACGGGUACCCUGCACCAGACUCUCGAGGGCCAUAUAGAUUUCGUUAACUCGGUGGCCUUCUUGCGCGACGGGCGGAUGCUGGCGUCCGGCUCCAAUGAUCGCACAGUACGGCUCUGGGACGCCGCGACGGGUGCCCUGCACCAGACUCUCGAGGGCCAUUCACGUUUUUCGGUUAACUCGGUGGCCUUCUCGCCCGACGGUCGGAUGCUGGCGUCCGGCUCCAAUGAUUGUACAGUGCGGAUCUGGGACGCCGCAACGGGUGCCCUGCACCAGACUCUCGAGGGCCAUUUAGAUGAUGUUAACUCGGUGGCCUUCUCGCCCGACGGUCGGAUGCUGGCGUCCGGCUCCUAUGAUCACACAGUGCGGCUCUGGGACGCCGCGACGGGUGCCCUGCACCAGACUCUCGAGGGUCAUUCACAUUCGGUUCAGUCGGUGGCCUUCUCGCCGGACGGUCGGAUGCUGGCGUCCGGCUCCGAUGAUCGCACAGUGCAGAUCUGGGACGCCGCGACGGGUGCCCUGCACCAGACUCUCGAGGACCAUUCACGUUUUUCGGUUAGAUCGGUAGCCUUCUCACCCGACGGUCGGAUGCUGGCGUCCGGCUCCUAUGAUCGCACAGUGCGGCUCUGGGACGCCGCGACGGGUGCCCUGCACCAGACUCUCGAGGGCCAUUUGAAUAUCAUUAACUCAGUGGCCUUCUCGCCCGACGGUCGGAUGCUGGUGUCCGGCUCCAAUGAUCACACAGUGCGGCUCUGGGACGCCGCGACGGGUACCCUGCACCAGACUCUCGAGGGCCAUUUAGAUGAUGUUAACUCGGUGGCCUUCUCGCCGGACGGUCGGAUGCUGGCGUCCGGCUCCAAUGAUUACACAGUGCGGCUCUGGGACGCCGCGACGGGCUCCCUGCAUCAAAUUUGGAGUGUUGAAGGAAUUGCCACCCUCCUUGAAUUUUCUCCAGAUUGUUCAUAUCUAAGGACUAACUUGGGUCUCCUCGAGACUCAGUCUAGGUGUGAUACUGGUUCAUCUCAUGUGAAUCUGGAGAUCUUUAUCGAGCAGGGGCAGUGGAUAACAUUGAACAAUGAAAGGGUACUAUGGCUUCCUCCUGAGUCUCGGCCUACGUGCUCGGCGAUCCACGGUAGUGUACUUGCCAUAGGACACGGGUCAGGGCGAAUUUCCUUCAUAGGAUUCCAUUCCUUUCUCUAUUUCCUAAUAUCUUUGUAA